CCCACCAACACGUACCGUUUACCAAACAGUCAGAUUUUUGUCCUCAUGUGGAAGUUGUCACACACAACACAACAAACACUGUUAAAGUUUAUUGUAUGCGCAAGCACAAUCCUUGCGCGCUCAAUUAAAUUUAUUUGAUGUCAAUUGCAUGUUGUGUGUGUUUUAAAUUUAUAUAAAAAAAGUUUGAUAAUAGUGAUAAUAGUGUUUUUAUGAGAGUACUUAUUUAGUGGUUAGUGAUAAAGUGAACAACAUCUCUCAGCUGUAGGCUGUAGCAGCAUCUUGCAAAGUAAAUGUUCGGGUUUAAGUGUUAUAGGUGCUGAUAUCUUAAGCAAUAUCAUGGACAACUGCUGCUUUUUGUGGAAAAGUGACGAGAAAAUAUGACAACACAGGCGUCAUCAAUAAACAUGGAAUCUUUGCCCCAGCAAUUUGUAGCCGCGAUGCGAACAUUGUUUGAUAUUAUGGACGAUAAACACACCGGCUAUGUAAAAUUGACAGAUAUUGAGAACCGAUGGCGCGAUGAUCGUACAAAAGGUUUACCGAGAGGUGUUAUAGAGAGCUUGCAAAAAGUUGCGUCCCAUGAUGGGUUGUUAAGUUUCGAAAGAUUUUGCACAGGGCUCAAGAUUUGUCUUCUCCGCAACCAAGUGGAAUGUGCUUCUAGCAAAGUCGAACGACUUAAUAGCGAUGUGGAAAACGCGGUAUUACACUCACAAAUGAGUGCGCAAACACAUCGCCCACCAUCCGCUCCAUUAUUGGAUGCUAAUGAACCACAGAACGUUGAAAUUCAUUGGAAUUUAUUGAAAAAAUCGGAAAAUAUUACACAACAUAGGACUCUAAGUAUGCCUCAGUUAAUAUCGCGAAAGGAACAACCCAUUCAAGAACUGCGGCAUAGCGCAACGAGUGCACUAUCCAAGCAUGAUCAGCAAAGAGCUUAUGGCCCACCAAAACCACCAAGAUUGGAAAAGAAUGUUAGCGAUAGAAAAGAAUCUUCGAGACCAAGCUACAAAUCAGAAGAAGAAUUGCAUUUUGAUAGUGAAGAAGUGAAUGAUAAUAAAUUAGAUUUCGAAGCAAUAUCUAGAUCUGUUGAAGAACAAAGUAGGGGCCUUGGUGAUGGUCGUUCGGCAAACGAGACACAGACACAUGUUAGGAAAACACCUCGCCGACGAGAACCUCGUAGACAUACACUGCAUAACGGUGUGGAUUAUAACUUAUUAAAACGUAUGAAACAAAUCGAACAAGAAAAAGAUGUCCUGUUACAAGGCUUAACAGCAGUAGAGGAAGCACGAGAAUGGUAUUUAAAGCAACUUACUGAAGUACAAGAGAAGAUGCGCUAUGCUGGGCGAAUGGGCGCGUAUGUGGAGCCGUGGAGUGAAGCACAUCAAGAGAGGUUGGAGUUAUUGCGAGCUCGUGUGCUAGAGUUGAAUCGACAGCUCGGAGCCCUAGCCGCUGGCUGGCGACACGGUCAACUUUCCCUCCACAUGAACCUCGCUCUGCCCACUAUGACACUUACAACGACCACAGCAACGCCUAAUAACGCUGCAGUUCUAAGGUCUCAAAAUCGAAUGCUAGCCGAGGAAGUCAAUAGAAAAAAUGAGAGAAUUUCUGUGCUGGAACGAGAAAAAUCUGCUCUUAUAAGGGAAUUACUACUGCAAAGAAAUAGAUCAAAAAUUGCUGAUAAUUUUGCUUAAUCAUAGGUAAUUGAAUUGUAAGUAAGCAGAGAUAAUAUUAUUAAAAUAGGUCCUUAAAAUAUGUAGGUACCUGCUUAGUGAUUUUUUUCUUUUCUUACAUUUAAAAAGAGAAGUAAGUAAACAAUGUUAUGUACCUAUACCUACCUAAGUAGGUACUCGUUCAAAAUUGUCAUAGCACACAUCCUUAUCUGCAUAUUAUAAUACUUAAUUAUUAUCUACCUAGUUUACCUAGCAAAAUUAACAUUAACUGUUUGAUCUGGUUUGCACGAAUAACUUGCGUAAAGGUAAUAGUAUCGUUAACGUAAAUAAUUUGUAUGAGAAUCUGAGAGCGCCUCUAUCGGACGUAAAACAAACUAAAUUUGGCAGCACAAAUGCCUAUUGCAUAGUAACGUAAUCGUACGGUAAAUGUAUCGUAUGAUGUUUAUACUAACUUUGCGAUCACGAACCUUUUUUUGACGUAUAGAAUAGUAAGGGGCGAUAGCUGGCUAACGUAAUCUUACGAAUGUUUUGUCACUGUAAAUUUUUCAGUGUUAAAACUUGCGUCGGAAGUAAAAAGUGUUUUAUAAAUACAUUUCAGUGGGUUUUAAUACAUAAAUUUACGUAAAAUGCAAGGAGCGCGUAGAGUUGAACGUAGUGCAUUGUAUUAUUAUCUUGCAACAAGAUUACUUGAGAUUGAGGGAGGUAACAAUGAACAAAGAGAAACUAGGUAAGUACGUGAUAAGUUUUUCUAUUAAAAAAAGCUUAUUUUUCAGAUAAAUGAUUUCAUUUUUAUUUUAAUGCCCUGUUACAGAGAAAUAAGUCGUAGAUGUAAGCAGAGAAAAAAAAAAAAUUUAUUAGAUCUAAACGAAACCGAAUUUAAGAAUAGGUUUCGUCUUAGUAAAGAAGCUUUUAUAUUCUUAUGCGAUAAAUUACGUCGACAUACUUCUUUGAAGUCAACCAAACGAAUUAGCUUGGAACUUAAGGUGAGAUAAGCAAACAU